UACAUCCUAGAUUUGUCCUUGCCCUUUCACAUAAAAAUUUAGAAUCAUAUUUGGAAGUUCUUCGGAGUCUUCAGAUAAGCGGCAAAACACAACACAAUGCAGGCACUUCACCUUGGCUGUUCAAUUCCACCUUCUCUUUCUCACCAUUUUCCAUCAAAUUCAAGUUCCAUGAAUCACAACUCUAUUUACCACCACAAACCCAAUAAACAGCACCAAUUUCUAUACCCCGUUAUUCGUUUCUCGCGCCCCAAAAAACCCGGUAUAAUCACGGCGGUCUCGAAAGUUGAUUAUUAUGAUACUAUGCAUGUUAGCAAGAAUGCUACCUUGGAUGAAAUUAAGACCUCUUACCGAAAGCUCGCUCGAAAGUACCAUCCAGAUAUGAACAGAACUCCGGGUUCAGAGGAAAAAUUCAAAGAGCUUAGUGCUGCAUAUGAGGUUCUUUCUGAUAAAGAGAAGAGAGCUUUGUAUGAUCAUUUUGGUGAAGCAGGCUUGCAAGGAGACUCAGUUGGCCCUAACUUUAAUGUCGAAGAAGUGGAUCCUUUUCAGGUCUUUGAUUCAAUAUUUGGUGAAGAAGGUGGAUUUUUUGGAGGUCAAGGCAUGGGUGUUAAUUUUGAUAGGAGAAGCAGAAGCAGGCAUAAUAUUGAUAUUUGGUCUGAUCUAUAUCUAACCUUUGAAGAAUCAGUCUUUGGAGGAACACGAGAAAUUGAAGUUCCCUGUUUGGAGAUAUGUGCUGUAUGUGGUGGUACAGGAGCUAAAUCGACAGCUUGCAUCAAAUCAUGUACUGAAUGUGGAGGUAGAGGAAGGGUGAUGAAAAGUCAGAGAACACCGUUUGGUGUUGUUUCCCAGGUGUCUACGUGCCUAAGUUGUGCAGGUGAUGGAAAGGUUGUGACUGAUGAUUGUGCAAAGUGUGAUGGCCUGGGAAGCAUAAGAUCAAACCGGAGUUUUGAUGUAGUUGUCCCGCCAGGUGUUGCUGAUGGGGCCACUAUGCAACUACAAGGAGAGGGUAACAUAGAUAGAAACAGGGGUAUAUGUGGAGAUCUAUACUUAGUUCUCCAUGUUAAAGAAAAACACGGAAUAUGGAGAGAAGGUCUUAAUCUCUUCUCUAGAGUCAAGAUCAGUUGCACUGAGGCAAUAUUGGGAACUGUGAUCAAGGUGGAAACUGUAGAGGGCUUAAAGGAACUUCAUAUUCCUUCUGGGAUUCAGCCGGGAGAUACUGUAAAAUUACAAAACAUGGGAGUCCCAAAAACUAAUGAGCGGUUUAGAAGGGGUGAUCAUAUCUUUAUUGUCGACAUCCAAAUCCCCAAAAGAAUCAGUGAAAAUUUUAGGGGGGUGGUAACACUCACUUACAAUGCAAAUAAGUUCUGUAGUACAAAGUUUUGCUCUUUUUCAAGUAGCCAACAUCUUGGUUCUGAAUUCUGGUUUCUCACUCUCUCAUUCAGUGACAGAGAAAGGGAACUGGUGGAAGAGCUGGCUUCUCUCCAGAAAUCAUCAGAAGAAUACUCAACUUCUCUUGAUGGUGGUGUAAGUAGAAGUAACAUGGCAAGACAGAACAAACACAAUUCAAACCAGAAGGGCAAACCUGGUAGUUCUUUGUGGAAAUCUGUAGGACGAUUUCUUCGAAGAGGAGGGCAGUCACGAAAUGGGUUUGCAUCUGCAACUCUGGAUAUGACCUCCAUAUCAUACAAAUACAGCAAACUCGAAUCUCCUGUCUCAUCUUCUUGCUUAGCUGUAGUUUUCUUUUCCUGUAUAAUUGUGCUACUAACUAUUUUUCGUAGGAAAUCUCUUCAGGCUUAUUUAACUACUAGAUACUCACCAAUUAGACCUGUUAGAAGAAAACAUUGAAUUUGUUGCAUAAUGUUUUGCUUUGCAACAUGUUGACUUUUUUUUUGGAAAGGAGCUAGAACUCCCCUAGAUCAGCAGCUAUCAAGCAUGGAAGGGGAGAUGAAGAAAUCAGGUCGCUGUAGCUCAUCUAUUCGACAUUCUGACCUCUUUGAUCUAAACAUAAUCAGUGUUUACUAAGCUUAAUCAGCUUAUCUGGUCUCUUUUGUUGUGAUUUCAAAUUUUUAAGAGCAAUUUUUCUCAAGUACUUGUCCAGUUUAACCUAAAUUUGUUAUUUUGUCAUGCAUAGAAUUUACUGCACUGUUCUUGCCUGAUGGCUUUU